UUUAUUAUUCUUGCGGUUUUUUAUAUUUUUUUAUGUUUAAUAAUUAGAUUUGGGCAUGGUCGAGGAUCCCUUUACUCGCUCCAGCAAUAGUACCAGUAGUAGAAGAUGAUCCCCGUCGGCUUGCAUAUCCACACCCUCCUUACGGUGCACGGUAAACAUCUUAGUACUAAUAAUUUAUUUGUAUGAAGGUUAAUAUAUUGACUUAACAAAUUUUCAUAUGAUAUUACAGUUGGAUCAGACCUACUAGUCACACUCGAUCCUCGCGAAAUAAUAUACGUGUUUAUCGUACGACGCUCGAUCGGAUGCUCUGGGAUCAGUUUACAUGGAUGCCUUAUAGUGAACUAGAUCCUGAGUUUGGCGCUUUACUUGGGUAUCCUGAGAUAGUGCAUCCACAGCUUUGGUUGUCGAGUUGUCCCCUUAUAUUUUACGAGAGAGUUGAGAUGCAUCGUCCGUAUAGGGUGCUACGUCAGUUUGGUAGGAUACAACAUAUACCACCACAUCCUACUGAUCACGAUGUUGAGAUUAAGUUGCAUUCUUAUGAUCGUCGAGGCGCAGGAGGUAGAGAUUGGGCUCGUUUUCACCGUAUCUAUGUUGAUAGAUGGCAUGACCGACUUGAUUCUCCCGUUGACUAUCCAUUUAUUGAGUUUAGUGGGCCUCAGACAGAUCCAGGAUACUACGAGUGGUAUGAGAGGCACACACGUCGUUUGAUAUCACCGAUUGACAAUCUUGAUGAUAUUGGUUUUCAGGUUGGAAACCCGAUUUUACUGGAUCUUGUGGGUAAUCAGCUUAUAUCCAUGAGUCUUGCUGUUAGGGCAGUUUCUCGAGAUGACGAUCAGAUAUAUGAUCUGUUUCAGGACAACGCUACACGGAUGUAUGCAGCUGGGACUCAACUUCUACGUAGAGAUGGUGCUUCGUCCAGCUUACCUCCGAUACCAGCCAUACCUCCUAUACCUUCUCCGCAUCGAGAUAGACGUACCAGAAGAAGGUCCAGCGCUACCGAAAGAGCUACUGAGGAUGACGUGAGACAGACAAGAGAGGGGAACUAUUACGCAUCUACAUCUCGGGUACCUCCAUCUGGUGAUGUUGCCGGUCCAUUUGCUUCCCAUACACCCUUUUAUGCAGAUGUUCCUAUGCAUGGAGGUAUGGACGAUUUAUCUACUACACAGGGAUUUAUGGAUAUGUUCGGUGCGUCUACAUCUCAGGUACCCAUAUUUACAGAUUUAGUUGGUCCAUCUACGAAUGAUUACGUUCCAGAUAUGCCAUGGUCCGAUUCUCUAGCUACCCCACAUCCUCCUGCUAUUUAUACUCGGUUCUCUUCAUGGGGUCCACAUUUGGAGCUCAAUUUGGGAUACUCAAGUCCCCAAGAGCGGAUCCGACCACAGUAUAAUGUUUCCCCUGUUCCAUAUCCACCGGAUGACACCCAGUUUGUUGAUGAUGUACCGGCAGAUCCUGACAUUCGUCGAGAUUGUAGGCCGCGUAGGACUAGACGAGCACCUGCAUGUGGCACUGGUUCACAUAGGCACUGA